UUUCUAAGGCUUUGAAAACUCCAAUGAAGAAAUUCCCCACUUUCCUCCCACUUCGAGAAGAAAAGGUUUGAUCUUCUUCUAGAGAAGCAAUAACUAAAAGUAAAAUGAAGGAAGAAGGGAAUGUUAAUCUCUACAAAUUCCAACUCCUGAAGAUAAUCAACAAAGCUAAGAUAGAUGGGAGUAACGUCUUCAAUGGCGGCGAAGUUUGCUUUUUUCCCUCCAAACCCACCUUCAUACAAGGUUGUAACUGAUGAACUAACCGGUCUUUUGAUUCUAACUCCUUUUCCUCAUAGAGAAAACGUCGAGGUUCUUAAGCUCCCAACUCGGCGGGGCACCGAGAUUGUAGCUAUUUACAUUAGGCAUCCUAUGGCUACUUCUACUUUGCUUUAUUCUCAUGGUAACGCUGCCGAUUUGGGUCAGAUGUAUGAGCUUUUCAUCCAAUUAAACAUCCACUUGAGGGUUAAUCUAAUGGGCUAUGACUAUUCUGGAUACGGGCAAUCUUCUGGAAAGCCAAGUGAGCAGAACACAUACGCAGAUAUUGAAGCUGCAUAUAAAUGUCUUGAAGAGAGCUAUGGUACAAAACAAGAAGUUAUCAUCCUCUAUUGUCAAUCUGUUGGUAGUGGCCCCACUUUGGAUCUAGUAGUGCGUCAGCCUCGGUUAAGAGCUGUUGUUUUGCACAGUCCCAUACUUUCUGGUUUAAGAGUCAUGUAUCCUGUAAAGUGUACAUAUUGGUUUGACAUUUAUAUGAUUAUUGAUAAAAUUCCACUUGUCAAUUGUCCUGUUCUUAUCAUCCAUGGAACUUCGGAUGAAGUUGUCGAUUGCUCCACGGAAAGCAACUGUGGGAGCUAUGCAAAGAGAAGUAUGAACCACUAUGGCUUAAAGGAGGGAACCACUGUGAUUUGGAGCAGUACCCCGAGUAUAUCAGACAUCUCUAGAAGUUAAUCUCAACUGUUGAGAAAUCUCCUUCUCAAAGGUACAGUUCUAGGAGAAGCACAGACCAAUUCGAGCAGUCUCGAAAAAGUACUGAUGUGUUUGAGGUUUCAAGGAAGAGUACAGAUCGUAGAGAGAAGCCGAGGAAGAGCAAUGACAGACCUGAGAAGUUGAAAAACCAGUCUAGUAAUUUGGAUAAGCUAGAAAAACUAAGAAUCUCUUUUGAUCAAUUGGAAAGGUCUCUAGGAGUGUGGAUUGCCAUGAGAAGUCAGGAAAAAGCAUCGAUCAUCAGUUGGAAAAAGCUCGGAAAAGUGUUGAUGUGUUGGAUAGGAUACGAACAGGGUAAUGAUAAUACUUUCAUUCAGUAAAAAGAAAAGUAAAUUGAAUGCAAGAGUUUGAUCUUUCAUGUUGUGAUGAACUAAUUUUGGUUCUGUCCUUGGUUAGUUCUUAUGGUGUCUGAGGCUCUGUA